AUGCCGACUGAUUCGGGAUCCGACAACCCUUUCAUUCGCUUCAAGAACAUUGUUGACGACACGGUAGCGCAGAAGUUCCGGAGCCUUUCGUCAGCCGGGCCAGUCGAGUCAACUGGCGAUGCACGCAAUGAUACCGCUCGAGACGAGAAUACGACUGCACAGACCCCUGCUCUCUCAAGAAACCCCGAUAUCAUAGGGAACAGAUCAACUACUGGAACAACUCAACAACAUGACCCCCCUUCACAACCACGGAGCUAUUCAUCAAUAGACUCCAUAACCCAAGAGCUUCGACAUCGAACCAUCCUCUCCUGGGCUACCUUCUCUUCCUAUUCGCCCUUCAACCUCACGCACCUACCGCAGCCCAAACCCCGCGACGCUUGCCGCAACCCCGCCCAUGGCUUCACCUUUAGAGAUGCAUUUGAGGAUCUCGCGGCCGUGAGCUCCGGGGAAUCCUUAGGCGACUUGGAAACGAUGGGGUAUAAAUUGGCUGAAAAGGAACCCCAGAACCAAACAGUCGCAUCAUCCAGUCACUGCGAUGUUCCUCCGUUGCCAUUAUGUCUAAACAAAUGGGUCAACCGGCUGGAACGCCGCCAGCUAUGGGGAGCCUACUUCCCGGUGCGGUCAUUCCGCGAUGAGGCGGAACGCAUUUUGAAACGAGGUGGCGACCGCGAGGCUCUGAUCGGGCAGGCUUCGAUGUGUAAAGAGGAAAGAGUCCUGCCACGUUUGGGGGCCCUGUCCUUAAUCCAGCUUACGGUCUUCCCUCACCUUUUCUUGCAGGUGAAUCCUUGGUGGGCAGCGUUCGACCCGUUCAACUUGGUUAAUGAGCCGUUGGCUGAGCUAUACAAUCCCUGGAUUAAAGCACUCAAGACCGCCGAUUGGGGUGUUGACGCGUCUCCUCGUGAACCCGAGACUUCUGAGGACUUAUACCUGGCUCAUAACUCCGAUUUUGCGAGGCGAGAUCCGGGAUCAGCAUUUAUGGCGUCAGAAGCUCCAGACGAGUUUCACUUGCACCGUAAAGCCCAAGCCAGGUCCGAUUCUAGAUCAGUGAUACCCAUGUGGAGUACACCGAGUCAUAGCUCCUUUCCUAACGGGAAUAGCACAAACUCCACGGCAAGUAAAACGUUGUCGACAGAAACUUGGAUCUCUCCAGAAGGCAAGACUGUGCAGCGUGUUGAACGUCGGGUAUUCGAUGGGAUGACGCAGGUCAUGGAGACAACGGUCCAAUAUAAUGCCAAGGGCAGUGUAGUGGAGAGGACAGUCAUUAACCGUCAGUUCUCGACGAAGGAAUCAGAUGCUGCCUCCGCGACCAAGUCGUAUACUGGCAGAGGUGACCAGCAGACGCGGCAUACUUCAGAACAGGAGGUCGAAACAAAUACUGCGGAAACCACAAAGAAAGAAAAGAAUGGCUGGUUCUGGAUAUGA